GUCGCGGAUACCUCCCCCCCCUCACGCAGCAUCCUCCUAAUACACAGUAAUCCUGCCUGCUGCUCGAGCCCGUUGUACAUACCUGGACUGGCCGUUGAGGGGGAACGAGGUGCAAUUGUCCAUACACGCUUCCGACGCUGUGCGAUUCAUCCACAGUGCAGUCACCCAGCACUCGCCCAGCACAGCAACACAGCACACGGCAGACAAAAUUCAACCGCAAUCUCAACACACACACACACACAUCGUGCUGCUGUCGUCUCAGGUCUCUUGACUGCCACUCAUUUUGCCCAAUUGCGUCCACAUCCCAACUACCGCACCCUCUUUUGUUUCUGUUUGACCUGCUGUCGCAGUACAUGGUCCCUCCUACCACAAUACACACACACACUGCCCUCACUAAUUAAUUCUUCCCUAUCCCGCCUCGCUCUCCACACCUCAUCAGUCACCACCCACACACCCACACGUCCACACGUCCUCACAUCCUCACUCACAUCCACACCCGUCCACCUCAGUGUCGCCUUGCAUUAGACCGGCGGCCCUCACCACGGAUCCCCCCACCUCAGCCUGUCGGCGCUUCUGCACCUGGCGCAUGAUAAACACCACACAUAGUUCCUCCCGUCCCUGCAGAUUGGCCCAACCUAUCACGGCAAGAACAGCCGCGUCCGAAGCUCCUCCUCUGGUCCCUAGUCUCCCGCUUCCUCGUACCUGCCUCGCCUGCCUGUGCAGCCUUCGUCUCUCUGCGCCCAGCUGCUGUCCCUCAUUUCCCUGAAGAGGCUUGCUCUUCCCGUCCGCAGCUGGCACGGUUUCUCGACCUGGAGAAACCCGCCCAACCACCACCGAACCGAACCGCCCUCUCAAGCGACAAGCUGCACGGGAACGCGACCUGACUGGCCCCGGCCGACCUCGCACGUAUCCUCGAGCUCGUAGGAGAGGCUUGGUCACGGUCCGAUACAAUACACCACCGCCCCUUCGAGCGACACGCAGCGCCACUAGGAGCUGUGAUCGACACUGGCCCUCUCUCACUCACGACCACCCUACUUGGAUCUCAUCUUGAGCUUCGUGCGACGAUGAAUAAGUUUCUGGCGUAAUACAAAACCCACCACAAACCCAGUAUCUCCCGCCUCGUCGCAGCCAGACCCGCGCCUUUCAGCAAGACGGCAACAGUCGUAUUCGGACCAGGAUUGCGAGUGCUGCUUCGGUGUGAGGAAACAGGCGAGGGUGAGGCCACGACCCAAGUGGCGUGUCACCUACGACCGCCAGCGCCAUGGCCCAAAGCUGCAUAUCCCUCCAGGGCUCGACGACGUGUCCGUCAUUUCAGUCCGCGUCCAUUUCAACAGAUUCCACGCUGGUGGGCUUCUUUUCAUUCCUCCAAUUCGUGUCAGACCGUGCAUCUUUUGAUUCACAACUCGAAUCCUAUGUCCAGACGACAUACGUGCAGGACAAAUAUCAGACAUUGUUUGGCUGUGCUAACAUCGAGCUGACCAACACUUCCAACCUCUACGCACGCUUCACGACUUCUGUAAUAUGUAAUGCCAUUGUGCAGAACUCGAUCAAUUCUUGCGGACUGUCAUCCUCACAGUCGCGGCCUCUUUGUGCCGACACUUGUGCACAAUUUGCACAGACAGAAGCGUACUACGUGUCUGACAACCAGCUAUGCUCGAACCCCAGCAGCGGGGCUACCACACAGAUCAGGGCGGAUUUCACAAACUGCGCGCUGCCCGCAGACUCGCUGUCGUCGGAUAGUUGCAUCGAUGGCAUCGAAAAUGAGCCGGACAACUGCGGUUUCGGCAACAGCACCAUCGGCCUCUGCUCAUAUUGCGCAUCCGGCGGCACUAACUCGACCGACACGUGUUGCUACAACUCGAAUGCCGAAGACCGCUGUGCAGGCGUGACACUGCCUUCCAUCACAUCGACAAUAACUCUGCCAACCUCCACGUCCAGCCCUUCCCCCACGAGCACUGCAGCUGCCGGUAGAAGCGGUCUUAGCGGGGGUGCCAUCGCCGGGAUUGUGAUUGGGAGUAUCGUUGGUGCUGCGCUGAUCAUAGGUCUGAUCUUGCUGUGCUGCAUUUUCAUCCGACGCCGCAAGCAAGGAAGUCAGCAUGGGAGCAUCUUCAAUCAGCCGUCCCCCGCGCGGAGAGGCCCCAUGUCUCAGGCCGGACCCCCUAGCACGACACCACACGGAUACGAAGUGCUGCCUGGCGGUAGGAUUGCCAGGAUGUCGGCUCUAGAGGGCCACUCGGGAGACGCGCCUUCUCGUCAUUCCGAAAGCGCCGCGGCAGUCGGCGCUGUUAGAAGCAGACGCGUUGAAAACCACUCCUCUUCGAGUGAAUUCGGGGACAGUCCGCAGUCGGAGCCCCGUGCAGGUGUUUUGCGACCACCGCCAACGUCGAUGUUGAAGAGGACGGGCUCGCUUUCGAGCGGAUCCGUGCUUCUUGCCGGCGAGGAUGCUGGCAGCAACGGAAUGUCAUCACCACACGCUGUCGCAAGCCAGCAAUCAGAGCAGUUGCCAUACUUCAAGGACUACUACUCCCAAGAUGAGAUUCACCCUGGCGAUCGCGUCGCAGUGCUCUGGGCUUACCAACCACGCGCGGCCGAUGAGUUCGCCCUCGAACGUGGUGACAUGCUCAAGGUUGUCGGCAUCUGGGACGAUGGCUGGGCGACUGGUGUGAUGGUGGACGAGCGGGCUGAUGAAUGGGAGGCUAGACGCCAACAGCAGCGAGACAGCGGCGUCUCAAACACGUCUGGCCGCGGCCGCGACCUAUCACCACCCGCCAGCGGCGAGAUCAAAGCCUUCCCACUGGUUUGUGUCUGUCUACCGGAGCACUGGAGGAAAACCAUCGACAGCGACACCUCGACCGAGGCGGCAUCCAGUGCCCACCAGCGCUGAAGUGUACAUUCGCCACACUAAUUUUCACGACUAUACGAUUUUCUUCCCCCGUAUCGCGUCUUGACACAGCCAGAGUCUUGCAUUGCAGGCGUUCGAUACCAUUUUUCUUUACGAACAGAGGAGGCAGAUGAAGCAUAUUUGGUCCGGGAUGUCUUCGCCCGCCCAGUCAGUCAUGCAACGAGCACCCACAAUGGUGUACCGGGUGACGGUCUCGGAAGGAUGACCAGGAAACAUAGAGCAGUUCCAACAGUGCUACGACACGUUUAAUGCCCUUUACCUUAGACGACCUAAUAUCUUCUUUUCUCCUGCACCCUCCCCUUUCAUUUCAUUAUUUUGGUCUAAAUAUACCCAGGUUUGCGACGAGGUGUUUCUAGGUGGUGGGUGACUCGAGGGGAGGGGCACAAAAUCAUGUAAUUUUUUGCCUACCAUUCAGGAAAGAGGAGAUGAUAUGCGCUAGGAAGGUCGCUGAGGAUUACGAUGCCUUAUGCGGAGGACGGGGAGAUAUCGAGUUGAACGACUUCAAAAGCCCCGCCGUGGUUGGCAAUUCACUCAGUAUUUCCAUGGGCAGCCGAAUUUGAAAAGUGCAUUGCUACAGUGACAUCUCGCUCUGAGAACUUCAAAACCUGAAGCAGGCCGCGAAGGAAGAAACAUAUUUGCUUUAUUAGGGCUCGUGACCAGAGCAGCCAUGAGAUGGAUGGUAGGGCGGCCGAAACGGUGAGGAGAGUGGAACGACAAGGACUAUUGACUUUUUUUGAGUGGAUUAUUCCUGUAAUUGAAUACGCGGUGCAUUGAAUGAAAGCCAGAAAAAAG